CUUAGGAGUUCAUAAGUACACCACCAGGGCGGCCAUAGAGGGUGAUAUGGGGUGGGAGCCCUGUCUGAUCAAACAGAGAGCAGAAGUCAUUCGAUUGUGGAACCGCCUUGUGCGUUUACCUGAAGAUAGGCUCACCAGAAAAAUUUUUAAUUGGGACAAAUUUCAUAGAUAUCCCUGGUCAAAUGAUGUUUUAGCAUUAUUUUCUUUAACAAACAGUACAUUUUUAUUUUUUAAUAAUUUACAAUGCAAAAUUACAACAUUUAGGCAAACAUUAUUUCAGAAAUACAAGGACCAGUGGAAAUUUGAGGUGCUCAAUAAACCAAAACUAAGAAGUUAUGUUCAAUUUAAAGAUAAUUUUGAGACAGAGCCUUAUGUUGAAGGUAACUUAAAGAGACGGCAACGAUCUCUUUGCGCGCAAUUAAGAGCGGGGGUUUUGCCUCUUGCUGUUGAGGUCGGGAGAUACAAAGGGCUUUUGGAGGAACAACGUGUGUGUGUUUUAUGUSAUUUAAAUGUUGUUGAAGAUGAAUUUCAUUUUUUGUUUUACUGUCCAUUAUAUAAUGAUCUGAGAAUGUCUAUGUUUGAAAAGAUCCAGCAUAGAAAUCCUGAUUUGUUUUGGUUAUCAGAGGGUGAUAUGUUAAGUUGGCUUUUUGACAAAGAUACUUUCAUUUUGGCAAAAUUUAUAGAAAGAGCAUGGGUGCGUAGACAAUUAGCACUUUAUCCUGUUGUGUAAAAUAUUGUUUUUGUAAAUGUAUGGCCACUUCCUUUUUGUCCAUGGUGUCUUAUAAGCCUGUAUAGGCUGGGCACUUUUAGUGCAUGACACUUAAAUAAAAAUUUCAUUCAUUCAUUCAUUCAUUCAUUUCAUUCA